CUUCAGAGAUAAUUGCUAUAUUAAAUUAUAAGAGUAUAUUCCAGGGUAUCCCAACUCUAGUUGUCAAAACUGAAUAUCUUGUGUGAUUUUUAAUGAUAGUUCAUGAAAGAUUGUUCUGGAAAAUGGCUAACAUUAAAAUAUCCAGUGCAAAUCUAACUUUCUUUGCUGGAUAUAAAAUUCAUCUAAGAAAUGGUGCAUCUUAUUUUCUAGAUAGUGAUCUUGAGGGAAAUAGUGCUGAGCAGAAAAUAAAAACUCUACUUGUAAUGCUAUUGUUGGCUCUUACGUGGGCGAACCGAGUGGUCCUGAUCCAGAAUGGCUACCCUGAUCUUUGUUGAUAAGGAAAAUGGAGAACCGGGCACCCGUGUGGCUCCCAGGGACGGGCAGAAGCUGCGGUCUAAGCCUCCAGUCAAAACUUUAGGUGGGAGAUCUCAGGUUUCAACACCACAAGUAGGCAAAAUGUUGGAUGUUCAAGCAACCUUGCCUAAAGUUACCAGAAAGGCUUUGGGAACUGUCAACAGAGCCACUGAAAAUUCAGUAAAGAACAAUGGACCUCUCAAACAGAAGCAGCCAAACUUCUCUGCCAAAAAGGUAACAGAGAAGACUGUCAAAGCAAAAAGCACUGUUCCAGCCUCGGGUGACACCUAUCCUGAAAUAGAAAAAUUCUUUCCCUUCAAUCCUUUAGAUUUUGAGAGUUUUGACCUGCCUGAAGAGCACCAGAUUGCACACCUCCCCUUGAAUGGAGUGCCUCUCAUGAUCCUUGAUGAGGAGAGGGAACUUGAAAAGCUGUUACACCUGGGCCCCCCUUCACCUCUGAAGAUGCCCUCUCAACCAUGGGAGUCUAAUCUGUUGCAGUCUCCAAGCGUUCUGUCGACCCUGGAUGUUGAAUUGCCACCUGUUUGCUAUGACUCAGAUAUUUAAAUUUCUUAGCACUUAAUAGUUUGUAUGUUUUGUAUUAAUAAAGAAAUUCUUUAAUAGACUCUUCCU